AUGGAACUCAACCGAGAACAUUUUCGCGCCAUAAUUUAUUACAACUUUCAGAGAGAAUUAUUGCAAACAGAAUGCCUUGCUGAGUUACUGUCUGAAAACGUCGAUGCUGUGCGCAAACUCAUCAUUGAAGAUAGACAUACCUCAAUUCAAAAAAAUGUACAUGAAGAAUUAGGAGUAAGAAAAUUAGUUUCUCAGCAGAAAGCAGCCAGGGUUAAUUGGUGUCAAAAAACACUUGACCGUUUCAAUUCCGGAAACUCAAAAAAUGCAAUCAUCCUCCACCAAGACAAUGCAAGCUCGCACGCAGCCCAAAAAACAAGGCAGUAUUUAACGGAAGAAAACGUGGAAUUAUUGGACCAUCCUCUAUAUAGGCCCGACCUAAGUCCUAACAAUUUCUUUACUUUCCCGAAAAUUAAAAACAGACUGCGUGGUCAAAGGUUCCAGUCACCAGAAGAAGCAGUUGACGCAUUCAAAAAUGCCGUUUUGGAUCUGCCAGCAAUCGAGUGGAAUAAGUGUUUCGAAAAUUGGUUCGAGCGCAUGGAGAUGUGUAUCAAUCUUCGUGGCGAAUACUUCGAAAAACAAUAA